UAUCGACCGCGCUGCCGUUGUACGGAGCUGAACAGCUGACUCAAAAUGUCUCUAAUUCUCGCUGCUCUAGUCGUAGUUGGGACGCUCCUAGGUGAAGGGGCGGCUGCAGAGCCCUCGAUGCUUGUUACAGAUCAAUGUGACAACGACGCGGAGUACAACUGGACUGAAACCCUGAAUGCUUACUUGCGGAGAAUGCCUGACGUGCUAACUGUAGCAGCCGCUCCUGCGACAAGUUGGAUAAUGGGAUUCAAAACAACCGCGCCGAAACUGCAGAAUCUUAACAACCUGUGGAUUCAGAAGCCUUAUUAUUCAUAUUGUGUCGAUAAUGACACAAUCAUCGAAGUUGAAGUCUUUGCAAAUGAACCAUUACAUAUGAACAUUGAUUGGACAAGCCGCACGGGAGCCAGCGGAAACCUUGGAACGAAGGUUACAGCGAGCAAGAUGCGAAUGCACUUCAAAGUUGAACCUACUUCAGAAGACCGCACCCGAAUUGCCCUACAGGAUAUUGAAGCAGACAGCCUAAACGAAACUGAACUCUAUGUGACGGGAACCAGUGAAGGGCUACGCAGAAUCAUCGGCACAUUCGGUGUCCUGGCUAAGCCUUAUAUUGAGCUCAUGUGGAAAACUUUCCUUCGCGUGGACGUACCGAUUAUUCUUUUGGAUCAUGAAGUUAGGGAAACAGAUAAGUUUUCCUGGAGCAACAUACAACGAGCUGAUGACAUGAAUCCAUUCGGAGGUAGCCAUAUGAUAAGAAUCGGCUAGCUCAAUUAGCGGUGGCAAUUAACGGAGGUAAACCACUCAGUACAGCGCCAAGGCGUCUUCCUUUCCAGGAGAGCUCUGUUUCGCGUGCCUGCCUGACGUUCAUCUUUCCCUGCGUGCCUUUGGAAUGGACAGCAGUU